AUGGCCAUUACCGCCGUCAAUUGCAUUGACCACCAACACGUCAACAACAACAACAACAACAACAACAACAACAACAACAACAUCCACAACAAGCUUGUCCACACUCCUACUGUGAAACUCCCCUAUGCCAAUCUCCUCAAACUUGUUUACAGCCCGCUCUUACUUGUCCGACUCAGCCGAGAUGCGCCUUUGGGCCUAUGCUUGUUGCUCCCACGUCCUCUUUGGCUGCCGCUUUGCCAUCCUACCCCCUGCCCAACUCAUCCUUGUUUACCUCUGGGUGUCUCAGCCUACGCAGCAGCGCAGUAUGGAUCAGCAUUAACCCUACACCUCCCUGAGCCGCACUUGCUCUUGUUCUCUGUUAUGACAUGCAGCAAACAACAUUGUUCCGGGAGCAAGUGCUUUGUCUCCCUACGCACCAUCUGCCGCCAUCUCAAGCACGGGUGCAACCGUCAACGGCAACAACACUCUUGCCUGGUUGCCGCCACCAAUGCCAUUAUUGAGCGUGCUUUGAACAAAGGUUGCGUUUGUCUGGACCCAAACCCACGACCUCCUACCCGUCUGUCUCGCCACUAUGGUUGGCAUGAGCCUCCGCGUAGCCCGCCUCCUCCUGCGCUGCGUGACCGCUUGGCUUGCCCACCCAAUGACCCGCUGGCGGAGCUCCCUUGGUACUCUCCAGAGGUUGCACAUCCGGAUUUUUGUCAUGACACCUUUGGUGUUGGUCCUGGUCCCGCCUCCCGUAGCGCCUCUCCUCAAUUUGCACCCCAAGUCCCCAGACCCCCUCCAGUUGACAAAGAUGACAAAGGUGCCCAGUAUACGUUGCGCAAUGCCUUUCCUUGGCUUGACAACCUGAAUGCCAAAGAGUACCUUGUGAACAAGUUCCUCUUUCAGCUUGUGCAUACGGUUGACCACAAACUUCCUGACCACCAACAACUUCUUGUCCAGGUGUUCAACCUCAAGGUCUUGACAGACAUCAGUGGUAUAUCCUACAGCAAGCUCCGCCGCGCCUUCCCCAACCAACUUGGCAAUCUCCCCACAGAGUCCAAGCUCCAAACUUGCAUUGGGGUUAUCUCAGGCUUACGUGGGAGUGGCGUUGACUGUUGCAUUAACUUGUGUGCUGCAUAUACUGGUGCUUACGCCAAUGAGGUGAUAUGCCUGUAUUGCUCUGAGCCACGCUACCAACCCAACCCUUGCCGCCCUGAUUGCUGUAUUCCACGUUGGCAAUUCCAAUACAUCCCCCUUGUGCUGCAGCUCAUUGCCUACUACCAAAACCCCCUCAUGGCACGCAGUAUGCAAUAUUGCUUGGAACGGCGGAGGUCACCGGACUUAUUAUUGGACAUCUUUGAUGGCUCAUUCUACCGCCAGUUGCUGGGCCGUUGUGUUACUGUUGGGGCUGAGACCCUUGACCACCACUACUUUUCUAAGCCAACGGACGUGGCUCUAGGUUUAUCAACAGACGGCUUUGGGCCCUUCAAAUCCUGCAAGCAAACCUGCUGGCCUCUGAUUCUCUUUAACUACAACCUUCCACCCUCAAUUCGUACGCAACUGCAGCACAUCCUGUGCAUUGGGGUUAUCCCUGGUCCAAAUGCACCAAAAGAGCUCACAACUGUUAUAACCUCCUAA